UAGCUUGCAACACCGCAUAUACGCCGACCGACUAGAGGCAUUAGGAGUCGUGAAUACCUGUUGUUGUUAACCAUUGUUUUUGCUACGCAACAGUUUUCUUAUAGUUGAGAGUAAACGUGUUCGAUUAAGGAUAGGGAUAAAGACAAAACAAGGAUUUGGUGUGUCGUUUUUUUUAAGGUUUAACAACAAUUCAUCCUUGCCUGCGAACACCUCCUCCAGGACUUGGAAUAAAAAAAGAAUACUUGAAGAUGGAGGACUUACAUGCUCAUUGCCUGAACUGUAUUAAUCGCAGAUGCAUGACCAGACCAGAGACUGGUGUUUCCUGUGACCUCAUCGGCUGCCAUCUUGUCUGUGGUGCUGUUUUCCACGCGUGCAAAGCAGAGGAACAUUGUUUACUGUGCCCCUUAGAGAGAGUGCCUUGUCUAAAUGUUGGGUUCGGAUGUCCCUUCACAAUUCCCCGGAUGAAGAUGGCAGAGCACCUCGAGACAUGCCCAGCGAGUGUGGUUUGCUGCACGAUGGAGUGGAACCGCUGGCCUGUGAGCUACUCUGACCGCCAGUCCUAUGAGAAUUUAAGCAAAGACUUUGAUGAGGUGGAGCAGCUGGACAUGGCCCUGGCUCUGCAGGACCAGAGGAUGCUUCUAGAAUCCCUCAGGGUCACGACCACGGUGUCAAAGAAUGGCGACAUUAAACCCGUUGAGGACAUUGAUAAAAUGGCGUUAGUUUCGAGCGCUCCGGAGACGGUGGUUUCGAACGGGAUGGUGGAGAUGGAGGAGGAGACAUACGGCGAGUUGUACUCUGCCUCCGUGGAGACGAGCAGGAGCUUGGUGGCUGCCUUGGACAUCCUUUCGAACGCGAAAGAAAUUGACUUGAUCAUCGGUAAUUUAAGCGGAGGAAAGAGUGAGAGAAACGGGGUGUUGCGUAAUGGCGGGAACAGCGACAGUCACAGCGAUUGUUACGUGGAUGUUGAGUAUCUGAAGAAUGUAGACAUGAGGGAAAGUGACUCUGAAUCAGACGGUGAGUUUGGCGCAGUGGGGGGAGUCGACGGUACGGCUAUGACAGAGAAGGGGGAAGAUGUAAGCACUUGGCUAGAGCCAAAUAAAUUGAUUGAGUGUUUAGAUGAUGAAGAUGGGGGGCUGGAGGAUGAGGAAAAGGAUUACGUUAUGGGUCUUGUAGAGGGUCCACUCUGUAAUGGCUUUCACAAUGGCAAUGAUCACAAUCACUUGAGACGUGACAAGAUAGAUCUAGACAGGGCUGAGAACAGAAGACUUAGAAUCAAUGGUUCUUCUGAACUCAACAGUUCCCCUGGACUCAACGGUUCUUCCGAAAUCCGUCCGCAUAUACCUUAUCAUUCCAUGAGUGUCGAGCCCUCUAGGCCUCGCCCCUCCAGGCCCCACCCACCACCCCUCCCUCCUCACUUUCCUAUUCCGCUGCCUGAUCUGGUACCAAACAAUGUGUUGCAGCACCUGCCCCUUGACAUUGAAGAUAGAUGGCUGGAAAGAAAGCUACAGAACCUGCAGGUGCUUAGGGGAAUGAGUUUGUUUACAUUUAACGGGCGCCGGGCACUGCUGUCAGACCCUUACUUGUUCCGAGCCAAGAUGGAGGACAAGGCCGUGGACACCUCUGACCUGGAAGUCACUGAAGACCCCAUGGGUCUCCACGGCAUUGAUCUGAUAACUGCAGCCCUCCUCUUCUGUCUUGGGGACUCUCCCGGGGGCAGGGGGAUCUCCGACAGCAGGUUUGUGGACGGCUACCGCAUUGACUUUGGUACACAGACUUUCUCCUUCCCCUCCGCCAUCUUGGCCACCAACACCAUGGUGGGUGACAUUGCUUCGGCGUCUGCCUGCGACCACGCCAGCCCGCAGCUCUCUAACCCCAGUCCCUUCCACACACUCCGGCUGGAUCUGGUGCUGGAAUGCGUGGCCCGAUACCAAACCAAGCAACGCUCCAUGUUCACCUUUGUGUGUGGACAGCUGUUCCGCCGGGAUGAGUUUUCCUCCCAUUUCAAGAAUGUCCAUGGCGACAUCCACGCUGGGCUCAACGGCUGGAUGGAGCACCGUUGUCCACUGGCGUACUACGGCUGCACCUACUCCCAGAGACGUUUCUGUCCAUCCGUGCAAGGUUCCAGAAUUAUCCAUGACCGGCACCUCGGUGCCUUUGGUGUGCAGGCAGACCUGCCGUCAGUGCAAAGCGACAACGCCCUCCCCAGAAAUGCCUGUCGCUUCGGCUCCCAGUGCGACCACCUCAGUAGCCUCCCCUUCGAGCUGUUGCAGUAUGUCGCCAGCUUCCUGGAUGGCUUCAGCCUCUGCCAGCUGUCCAGGGUGUCCCGGACCAUGAGGGAGGUGUGUAGCAGUCUGCUGCAGGUUCGAGGAAUGGUGGUCCUCCUGUGGAACAAGGAACAACGUGCUGACGGAUCGUCCUCGUGGCAGAUAAACAACAAGGUGUGGCGAUUCAGCACCUCUUUCGGCACGGUGAACGAGUGGAAGUUUGCCAACAUCUCCAGCAUGGCCGAUCAUCUGAAGAAGUGCCAGUUCAACACCAUCGCUCGUCGGGAGGAAGCCAUCCCUCUGCCCUGUAUGUGCUUCACCAGAGAGCUCACCAAGGAAGGGCGCUCGCUGCGCUCCGUUCUCAAGCCCGUUGCAUGAGCAGUCCUUUCACCAGGAAAACAUUGUGCUGCUUGUUUCUUCCAGUCUGACCGAAAAAGCCUAAAUUGUUCCAAUUCAAACUAUUUUGGUUUGCUCUUUUGAUAAUGAAAUUUAUAUACUGAAGAUUCACUUUUGACAUACUGUGUAAAUAAUUACAUGCUUUGAUGUAGAUUUGUUUUGUAUUUUUAUAUGAAGAAGUCAGUACUGUGCCGCAAAGAUGAUGGAAAGAAAGUGGAGCCUUAAAUUAUGAUAAACACUUGAUUUCUGGUCAUGGGAAAGUUCUGAAUAUCUCAGAACGAUAUUGACAUUUCUCAAUAUCUCCCUUCUGGAACAAAAUCAAAUAGCUUAUCUACAAGCAUGGUUUCAAGGCUUCCUCCCCCCCCCCCCCCCGAUAUUUUGAUCGACCAUGCAUUCUAUUUGUUAGAACCUUCUCUUUUUUUACGAAUGACUAUAAUUCUACAUUUUCAUAUACUGACCAAUCCUAAAAUGUGUGCAGUGCAGUCAUUCUUCUCUAAAUAGGAAAUGUUUUGGUCUUUUUUACUUUCUCUAAAACGCAAAACUCACUCACAGAAACCCUUAUUCAUUCUGAGGUUCAUUACUCAACUUGUAGCUUGGGAUUUAUUUAUUUAAUUUUUAAACCAUUCUUUCUAGCUCAAUCGUAUGGGUGAUUGUGUGGGGGGUGUUCAAAUUUUUCUCCCUCUUCAGUUGAUUAGGCUAGAACCACUUGUUUGAUACAUAUUAGUAUUUUGAAGGUUGUGGAACCCUGCAGGUCAGGUAUGAAAUAAAAACGGUACACAUUUCCCUCUGGUAUUGAUCAUUAUCUAUCAUAUCUGUGUGUUGCAGUUUCUUUUGUUUUGUUUUUUUAUAUAUAUAUUUCUUGGCACUACAUAUUCAUUGUCUUCACAUUUUGGUGUCUCAGGGUUGUAACAUGAAGCUGCAGCAGUAAGUGCUGGCCAUCCCCUGUGUUGUAUGUGUUAGACACAGUAAAGGGUACAAAGGGGGAGGGCUGGCACCUUGUUGUUAUUAUUACUGUGUGGUCUUAGGACUGAUCACCGUUCAGUAUUAUUACUGUGUGGUCUUAGGACUGAUCACCGUUCAGUAUUAUUACUGUGUGGUCUUAGGACUGAUCACCGUUCAGUUUUAUUACUGUGUGGUCUUAGGACUGAUCACCGUUCAGUAUUAUUACUGUGUGGUCUUAGGACUGAUCACCGUUCAGUAUUAUUACUGUGUGGUCUUAGGACUGAUCACCGUUCAGUAUUAUUACUGUGUGGUCUUAGGACUGAUCACCGUUCAGUAUUAUUACUGUGUGGUCUUAGGACUGAUCACCGUUCAGUAUUAUUACUGUGUGGUCUUAGGACUGAUCACCGUUCAGUAUUAUUACUGUGUGGUCUUAGGACUGAUCACCGUUCAGUAUUAUUACUGUGUGGUCUUAGGACUGAUCACCGUUCAGUAUUAUUACUGUGUGGUCUUAGGACUGAUCACCGUUCAGUAUUAUUACUGUGUGGUCUUAGGACUGAUCACCGUUCAGUAUUAUUACUGUGUGGUCUUAGGACUGAUCACCGUUCAGUAUUAUUACUGUGUGGUCUUAGGACUGAUCACCGUUCAGUAUUAUUACUGUGUGGUCUUAGGACUGAUCACCGUUCAGUAUUAUUACUGUGUGGUCUUAGGACUGAUCACCGUUCAGUAUUAUUACUGUGUGGUCUUAGGACUGAUCACCGUUCAGUAUUAUUACUGUGUGGUCUUAGGACUGAUCACCGUUCAGUAUUAUUACUGUGUGGUCUUAGGACUGAUCACCGUUCAGUAUUAUUACUGUGUGGUCUUAGGACUGAUCACCGUUCAGUAUUAUUACUGUGUGUGUUGUUGUUGUUUUUUUUGUUUGUUUAGGACUAAUAUAUAUAUAUUUUUUCUUUAACAGAUGUUAAUCAUGAUCCCUGUAUUACAUUUUUGACUAAUUGAAGUCUCAGAUUUAAAUGUCAGCCAGUGUGUAAUAGGAACAUGUAAAGUGUGAUGUUUUAGUGUUUGACUCGGCUUUCCUAAAAGGGAUUUGUGAGAGUCAAACAGUGUUUGGAAAAGACAGUGAGGUUAACCUCCUCUACGGAAAAGCACGUGUGGAUAGGUUGCAAAUAUUAUUGUCAUAGAGGAAUAAUAAACACAAAUGAUUAACAGGGAAGCAUUUUAUUCCCUUUUACAGAUAAUUGGAGCGAACAUCUUCCCCUCAGUGAAUGAAGUUUAGACAAUUAACGGUUGUGUUUGGGGUGAUGCAUAAUUUGAAGGUUAACUGUGUGUUCUAUAAUUUUCAUGGUAUUGUCUGAUCUUGGUUUACUGCUAUUUUUAAGACUUUUUAAAAUGUAAACUCCACUGCUCAAUUCUUUGACUUAUAUCUAAUUAAUUUCAGUACUGGCAUAUAAUUGGGUUUGUUCCAUUUCGUGUGUGAUCAGAGGAUAUUAAGAUGUUCUAUUAAGUUCAUAUUUGUCCCAUGAGAUGAUGCACCAGUCUGUUUGUAGCAUGUGAGUGGAGACGUCUAUUUAAACGAUUGAUUAAAACUAACCAGUGUUUCCCUCAAAUACGUUUUUAAAGUUUAUGGCUAUGAACAAUACAAAAAACAAUGUUCUAAAAAGGUGUCUUACACAACUGUUUAUUGAAUGGCUGCAGUGUGUACUUGCCCUUUGUGUAAAUCAUCAACAAUUUCCUCACCAAUAAAUCGUUUUGCCAGUUA